AUGGGAGGAAAUUGUUCGAAUUGCAAUUAAUGUUAGAAGGAUAGGUUGGAGAUAAUCAACGAAAUCGAAGUGACUAAAAAAUCUGAUAGUUAAAGAAGAGUAUUGUCUUCGGUUUCAUAACAAUCAUAAAAUAGUCAAUUAGAUGUGAAUGAUUUUAAAUAGAUUAAGUGUGCACCAACCGAACAGAAGAAUACUAAGUUUUCAGUGUUUGCAGAGGAUCAGGAAAAAGACAUAAAGGAUGAUAAGAAUUUGAAUCAGAAGGCCGUUGUAAUAUAAAAAAUUUGGAAGGGACACAAAGCUAGGUAGAAUUACUAAGAAGUGAAGAAAUCCCUUUCGGAGAAGAAUUAAAAAGAGGAGGAUAGGAAUCAAGAAUAACAGUGCGAUUAAGUAACAAUAGCAAGUAAAGACAAAAAAAAGAAUGUUUAAUAUUUCAAUUGUCAGGAGUUUGGAGUCAGCAACUCAACUAAUUAAAAAACACGUGAAAAGCGUCCUUUGUUUGUAUUUAAGAGUGGAGCUACAUAUGAGGGUGAAUGGAUCGGAAAUAAAAGAGACGGUAGAGGAGUCUAAAUAUGGCCCGACAGUGCUAGAUACGACGGGGAAUGGGUCGAUAAUAAGGCCUGUGGGAAAGGAUCAUUUUAUCAUGUGGAUGGGGAUGCUUAUAUAGGAGAAUGGGCAGAUGAUAGAGCAAAUGGUUAUGGAAUUUACAAACAGAAUAAUGGAGCUAUUUAUGAAGGCUAUUGGAAGAAUGAUUUGCAACAUGGGAAAGGCGAGGAGAAAUGUAUUGAAGCAAUAUUUAAUUUAGGGAUUGAUUAAUCCAGUUAUUAAGGGGAUUAUUAUGAAGGGAAAAAAUAAGGAAAAGGCAAGUACACUUGGCCAGAUGGUAGCUAUUAUGAAGGAGAUUGGGUUGACAAUAGAAUCAAUGGUUAUGGAGAGUACUAUUGGGCAGAUGGAAGAAUCUACAAGGGAUAAUGGAAGGACAAUAAGAUGCAUGGGAUGGGAUACUAUCAAUGGUCAGAUGGGAGAUCUUAUCAAGGUUAGUAUGUGGAUGACAAAAAGCAAGGGAUAGGCAAAUAUACUUGGCCAGAUGGGAGAUAUUAUGAUGGUGAUUGGUAGGAUGGUAAAUAACAUGGCAGAGGAAAGUACGUGUUACCUGAUGGUAAGAUGAAAAAUGGAAUUUGGGAUUAAGGAAGGAGAGUGAAUUGGUUGGAAGAAUGA